AUGAAGUACAUUCACUCCCAGGAGACGCUGAACAUCCCCGAGGGUGUCAAGGUCACCAUCAAGAAGAGGGUUAUCAACGUCGAAGGUCCCCGAGGAAAGCUGACCAAGAGCCUGUCUCACAUCGCCGUCUCGUUCUCGCACCCUUCUAAGGACGUUAUCAACAUCGAGCUUCACCACGGUGCCCGCAAAAAUGUCGCUACUCUCCGAACCGUCCGCACACUCAUCAACAACCUGAUCAUCGGUGUGACAAAGGGAUACAAGUACAAGAUGCGUUACGUCUAUGCCCAUUUUCCCAUCAACGUAAACGUCGACAAGAACCAGGAGACCGGUCUGUACGAGGUUGAGAUCAGAAAUUUCAUUGGCGAGAAGAUCGUGCGGAAGGUCGUGAUGCAACCCGGUGUUGACGUCGAGCCGUCGAAGAACGUCAAGGACCAGCUCGAGCUGACCGGAAACUCGCUGGAAAACGUUUCACAAAGCGCUGCAGACAUUCAGCAAAUCUGCAGAGUCAAGAACAAGGAUAUUCGAAAGUUCUUGGAUGGUCUAUACGUGUCAGAGAGGACCAACAUCGUACUGGAUGAUUAGAGGAAGAGAGCGGACGGUUUCAUUGGGGUUCAUGCGGCACGCCUUCCAGCAAUUUCGAUCAUGGCAUGGUGUAGGCUUGAAAUCGGGCAUGUUAUAUCGCCUGUAUGAACAAUUCAAAAAACUGAAUUCAUCUUGGGCGUCUUCGGAAACGAUAUAGGACAUGAAUACUGAAUUUCUCGCCAUUGUUGCGCAAGGUCCCAUCCGCUUCGUCUCACGUCCGAUACACCAGUUAUCAUUACCAGCAGGAGCCAUAAAAUUUGCACAUUCCCUGGCCUUGUCCUUGCUUGUACCAUAUCCUCGCGCGCGGGCGGCGCAGUGAGCAGGGUGUAGCUUUGAAUUGUUGUACCUCUUAGGUUCCGCCUGCACUCCUGUGUUUGAAGUUUCCCACCACAAUUUCUAUCCUCAC